UUUUAUUUAUUUAUUUAUUUUUUUCAGGAGAGGAUUCGAGUAGGCAAGGAACUCUUAGAAGCGAAGAGAAUGGAAGAAGAAAAUGAAAGAAAACGGAUUAUGGCCUUGCGAAAAGCGGAAAAAGAAGAAGAGAAAAGAGCUAGGGAAAAGAUUCGUCAAAAAUUGGAGGAAGAUAAGGCAGAAAGGAGGAGGAGACUUGGGUUGCCACCAGAAGAUCCUUCAACUGCAAAACCUGCUGCACCUGUUGUGGAAGAGAAAAAGAGCUCAUUGCCCAUAAGGCCUGCUACAAAAACAGAGCAAAUGAGAGAAUGUUUGCGGUCUCUCAAGCAGAAUCACAAGGAGGACGAUGCCAAAGUGAAGAGAGCAUUCCAGACUCUUUUAACUUUUGUAGGGAAUGUUGCCAGAAAUCCCGAUGAGGAGAAAUAUAGAAAAAUAAGACUCACUAACCAAUCUUUCCAGGAUAGGGUUGGUUCGUUCAAAGGAGGUAUCGAGUUUCUUGAGUUGUGUGAGUUUGAGAGGGUAGAAGGGAGCGAGUUCUUGUUUCUUCCUAGGGACAAGGUUGACAUGGCAGUGCUGAAUUCAGCUGGGUCUGAGCUAGACUCUGCAAUAAAGAAUCCCUUUUUCGGUGUUCUUUAAGUUAAAAGAUGUUUCAUUAUAUAUACAGUUUUUCUUUUUUGGAUUUGGUGAGGUGAAAUUGAUGCCUUGGGGUUGUUUAUUACAUUACUACACCGUUUUGGCCAUUAUUAAUAUAUGGUUAUGAAUUAAGGGAUCUUUA